AUGACCUCCACCGCCCUCCCCAAGCGCAGGGCGCUGAACCGGAAUUCGCCCACAGACUACUCCACAGAGAGCUCCGCAUGUGUCUCCCCAACCGACAGCUUGCGGCCGUCCCCUUCGUCCACGUCCCUGUCGUCAAUAGCUUCGGAUGUGCAGCAAGAACCCCUGAAAUUAGUCGACACUUACGGGACUCCCUUCGAGAUCCCAGACUUCACCAUCAAGCAGAUCAGAGACGCCAUCCCGGCCCAUUGCUUCGAGAGAAGUGCCCUUCGCAGUCUGUCAUACGUCGCUCGAGAUAUCUCUUGCCUGGCCGGCACCUUCUACCUCUUCCACAACUAUGUCACGCCCGAAUACAUACCGUCCACCCCGGUCCGUGCUGGGCUAUGGGGUCUCUAUGCCUUCCUCCAGGGGCUCUUUGGGACCGGUCUAUGGAUCAUGGCCCAUGAGUGCGGACACCAGGCCUUCUCUCCGUACAGACUGUUGAACGACACGGUGGGCUGGUUCUGCCACUCCGCACUACUGGUGCCGUACUUCUCCUGGAAAAUCUCGCACAGCAAGCACCACAAGGCCACCGGCAACCUGGAGCGGGACAUGGUUUUCGUCCCCAAGACACGGGAGGUCUUCGCCUCGCGCUUCGGCUAUAUCGCGCACGAGCUGCACGAGUUGAUGGAGGAGACGCCCAUCCAGACCGCAGUCCAUGUGGUCCUGCAGCAGCUGUUCGGCUGGCCCAUGUACCUGAUCUCCAACGUCACCGGCCACAACUGCCACCAGCGCCAGCCGGAGGGCCGUGGGAAGGGCAAGGAGAACGGCUUAUUCCGCGGUGUCAACCAUUUCAACCCGUCCAGCCCGCUGUACGAGGCCAAGCACGCCCCGCUCAUCCUCCUCAGCGACCUUGGCUUGAUACUCGCCGGCUCCGCCCUGUUCUGGGUAGGCAAGAACUUCGGCUGGGCGAACCUUGCCGUGUGGUAUUUCUUGCCAUACCUGUGGGUCAACCACUGGUUAGUCGCCAUCACCUACCUCCAACACACCGACCCCACCCUCCCACACUACUCCCCCCAAGCCUGGACUUUCACCCGCGGCGCCGCCGCCACCAUCGACCGCGAAUUUGGCUUCAUCGGCCGCAACAUCUUCCAUGGCAUCAUCGAAACCCACGUCCUGCACCACUACGUCAGCACCAUCCCCUUCUACCACGCCGAUGAGGCCAGCGAGGCCAUCAAGCCCAUCAUGGGCAAACAUUACCGCUCAGACACCGAGCUCGGCAGCCUUGGCUUCCUCCGCUCGCUGUGGAGGAGCGCCAGGACCUGCCAGUGGGUGGAGCCAUGCGAGGGCGCCAAGGGCGAAGGAGAGCAUGUCUAUUUCUUCCGGAAUCGGAAUAACAUUGGCGUCAAGCCUGCUGUGAUGACCUCGCCGUCGUCCUCGUAG